AUGAAUAACUCUACAGUGAACUUCACCACACCUGAAGCAUCCACAGACUCCAUAACUCAUUCUAUUGGACUACUAAACAGUCUGGAAAUGUGUGCAUACAGCAUCUGCUUCCUUUUUGGUCUUCCUACACACUCCUAUAUUAUAUGGCUUAUUGUCACAGGAACAGGAAGUGGCAUUGCAUCAGAGUUCCUCAACCUCAAUCUCUCUGUUUGUGAGAUUGGUAACAGUAUCAAUGCAGUGAUUGUUCUACUGUCAUACUUUUCUUCACUUUUCAAAAUAUUAACAAAUUUUGUGGAAGGACUAGGCGUCACUGGCCGUCCUCUGUUUCAGUGUCUGAUGUGUUUUGAGCGUUACCUGGCAGUGGUUCAUCCUGUAACCUUUCUGAAGUACAAACCUCUCAGAUAUAGAGUGAUCUGCUGCAGUGUGGCCUGGAUAAUCACUCUUGGUUCUUGUUUAUUCUGCUACUUUACUUUAGUAUCACUCAACAUGGAGGCAUAUGUAUGGUUUUUCACAACAGAAUUGCUCCUCUUCCUCUCCAUCCAGUUGUUUUGUCUUGUGGCUGUUCUCAGAGCUCUAAAGCAGUCAGGGCCAGGAGAGAGAAAGAGAGAGAGGGAGAAAGAAAACCACACGAAAAAAAGAGCAUUUCAUCUUAUUCUGAUAACAACAGUCAAUAUGAUUAUCCAAAAUGUCCCAUUUACUAUCACAGGAUUCUCUAUCAUUCUAACUAAACAGGAUUUACUUGACGUUUGGUUUCCUGCUUUUCUUUGUUAUGUGCUGUCUGGUUUUGUGCAGCCUGUUCUUUAUUUACAGCGGACUGGAAAGCUGUUCUGCCUCUGUUCAUCAUAA